AUGAGCACAUGCCUCGCUAUAGGGAAGACGAUAUUGGGCCCGAUAGCCUGGAUGGAACCUUACUGGAGGCAUCUCAUCCUCAUCAUCUACUUACCUCUAUUCGUGUUCGUGAUUUAUUUCUGGAUUGCGCCAGAAUCAGUCCGCUGGCUGAUAAGCAAAGGCCGUUAUCAAGAAGCCCUGGAUAUCUUGAAGGAAGCUGCUGAAAUAAACGGAAGAUCUCUGAGAGAAAAGACUAUAAAUGAUUUCAAGGGCGAUUGGUGUUUAAUUUUAGGAAAUUAUUGGCUGUCCUUGUCAGUGUAUCUGAUCGGCAAGAUGUGUAUCGCCGGCGUGGCGUCGGCCCUCUACGUGUACACCGCCGAACUGUUCCCAACGCGCUACAGAUCCAGUCUGCUGUCUUAUUGCUCUAUGAUCGGACGGGUUGGUGGAAUUCUAGCGCCGCUCAUGCCAGGCUUGGCGGCGGUAGUGUGGCUGCACCUCCCGUUCCUGGUGUUCGGCGUUCUGGCGCUGGUGUCCGGCCUGCUGGUGCUGCUGGCGCCGGAGACCCUCGGCGCACCCCUGCCCGACUCCAUGGAGGAGGCUGCGGAACUUGGCAAGGAGGCUCCUACGGUUAUGCAGCACUUGAGGACUCUUGUGUUUAGAAGCAAAAGUUAUACUAUUCGAUAA